AUGGAAACCGAGAACACGGCUAAAUUCCGAGGCGGAGUUGCCGUCAUCACCGGGGCCGGAGCAGGAAUUGGAUCUGGCCUUGCCCGCCAGUGCGCAUCCAUAGGCAUGACGGUGGUUGUGACCGACGUUUCCUCUGACCGAGCAGAGGAAGUCGCAGAUCAAAUCCGCAAGUCUGGCGGUGAGGCAGAUGCAAUGACAGUAGACGUCUCGCAUUUCAAAGCACUCGAUGCGCUCGCAGAGGCCGUUUACGCCAAGUAUGGAAACCGUGUACGUCUGCUCAUCAAUAACGCCGGCAUCGAGACGCUCGGGUUCUCAUGGGAGAUUCCAGCGGAGCGCUGGGAAUCCACACUCAACAUCAACAUACAUGGCAUCGUGCAUGGGGCCAGGGCCUUCAUUCCGCGCAUGCUGGCCAGCGGCCAGGAAUGCUGGAUCGCGAACCUGGCCUCCGUGGGUGCAUUUGGUGUCAUGCCAACCCAGACGGCCUACAUCAUGAGCAAACAUGCGGUUCAAUCCUUCUCCGAGUGUCUUUACCUUGAGAUGAAGGUCAAACAGGCACCCAUCCAUGUCAGCUCUGUUGUGCCGGGCAUGCUCAAGACCAGCAUCUUUGACGCUGGGGCGGGAGCCGGCGAGCCACAAGGCGCGGAAACGUACCGGAGCAGAAUGUACCACAUGAUGAAAGACUACGGCAUGGACCUGGAUGCUGGGUGCAAGCGUAUAAUAGAGGGGAUUUGCGCUAACAAGUUUUGGGUCGAUACACAACCCGAAAUGACCACUGGGGCUUUGCAGGGUCGCGCCAAGUUCCUUACUGAACAACGAGAUCCAGAGAUAGCGGAUGAAGCACGACAUCUACUUGGCCUCUCGUAG